AUGCUGCCGAGACUAUCCGGAACGACGGCGAUGUUAGCAAGGCUGAUCCCUUUGGCAUUCGUAUGUCAGCACAGAAAGAGAUUGAGGAGCAACCUCUUCAUGCGAAACCUCGUUCCCACUGCGGGUACCAUUCUCAUUGAUGGCCAAGAUAUUACGAAGAUUGAAAAGGAUUCAGAGGAAAUGUAUGAGGCCUGUCGAAAGGCAGGAAUUCACGACACUAUCAUGGCUCGGGAGGAUAGGUAUGAGACGUCCAUGGGUGAUAACGGACAGUAG